CUGUCUUCUUCCCGAUCCUUCCUCCCGAAAAGCCUCCAAGCCACCGACUUUCCCCCCUUGAAAAACCCGGUGAAGGCCUCUUGAAAUUUCCCUCCUUUCUUGCUCAAAAACCAAGUUUCAGGCCUAGAACACUCUCUCCUAAACCCAGAAAUUUUCCAGAUCUGCGCUGUCCUCUUCCCCUCUGUCCAUCGGCCUUUGCUGUGUCGGGUUGGGUUCGGUUUUCUGUUUCUGGUAGAGUCGUGAGCUUCUUCCCCCAAAAUCCCGUCAGCUCCCAUGCUCGCCUGGUGCGAGUUCUGUUGGCCGGAAAAAAAAAAAAAGAGAGGAAUUCCGGUUCCUGAUCGUUCUGUCAAUUUAGCACUGAGAUCGAGCCUUUGGUUUUAAGCAAGUGAGGUAAGUAAAUUUAUGGUAAUACCCGUACUGUUUUUAAAAGCAUGUUUUGGUUUGUUUUUGAAAUGGUGGCGAGACUAAACCCAUUUUAUGCAAAAUAAGUAUGAUUGUUUUGAACUGAAAGUUUUUAUGAUUUUUAUGGAUUAGAGCAUGCCUACUUGAAGUUCAUUUGAUUGUCUUGAUGAUUUGAAAGUUAUUUGUAAAGACAGAUUUUUUGUUAACUUCUGCCUAUUUUGUCUCCGAUGUGGUUAUGUUAUUGAUGAUCCUGCUAGUGGGGGUUAAACGCUAGCACAUGUCGACAUGUUAUUGAUAAAACCGGUUCGUCCGAAUGACCCUGCUAGUGGGGGUUAAACACCAGCAAAUACUGUAGCCUGCCAGUGGGAGGUUUAAACACUGGCCAUGACCUACAGAGGAGAGGUCUAUUUCUUUCCCGUACUGUAUCCGUUUUUAUUAUAUUGUUGGCAGGCUAUAAGUUUAAUUGACUGCUACUGAACUUUAUUCUGCAUAAUGGUUUAUCAUUGAACAUUUCGUUUAUGUUUAAAAUGUUUAU